AACAGUGUAUAUAGCACGAGUUGAGUUUCUGAACGCAGUCCUAAAUGUGAGAAAAACACGUCGUAACUUUCCAACGUUGAAUUUGCCGUUCAAGAUUCAAGAAAAUUAGUUUUUCGCCAGUUGUCAUUUUUCUAUCAAGAGAGAAAGAGAGAAAGAGAUAAAGAAAGAAAGAAAAGAAAAAGAGAAAGAGAUGAUCCAUGAUCUCGAUAUGAUUCGAUUAAUGUGAUAAAUUACAUACACACACAAUAUAGGUUUUUGUAUUGUUAUAUUUAUAAUUUAUUACAAAAAAAAAUUAUAAAAACAAUAACUACAUUGUGUGAGAUGGCAGCCAUACAUCGAGAAGCAAUACAAAAGCAAAUUCAACAAGACUGGGCCAACCGGGAAUACAUAGAAGUCAUCACUGGCAGUAUUAAAAAGAUUACGGACUUUCUUAAUUCUUUCGAUAUGUCUUGUAGAUCAAGAAUAGCUGUUCUUAACGAAAAGCUCACAACUCUUGAAAGGAGAAUUGAAUAUCUCGAAGCAUGUGUCACAAAGGGUGAAACGCUUACAUAAUUCUUUCAUAUGUAAUAUAGACCACACAAUGUUAUUUUACAACUCUUUAUUUCCUGUACUAGAACUUGAAUAAAUAUUAUAUUGAAUAUAUUA